AACAUGCAUGAACAGUGGUCGUCUGCUUCUUUAGUCUGGUACCUGCAACAUUUGUUUGGUAAAGUGUUCAAAAUUUAACGGGGGAUUUGUGUUGAAAGAUGUCCUAUUAUCGAUAACUUAUUCCUCCAUGGAUAAAUUAAGCUUAGAAAUUAUUGUUUAAUAAUGCCAAUACAAAGGAGGUUAUCAAUUUUACCAGCAAAAUUUUGGUUACUAAUCCUAACACAUCAUUAGUUUAGCAAGUGUUGAGAAAUUUUAGUUUUAAUUUUAAAAAAAGACAGGUUACAAAUUUACAGCCAGAAAUGAGUGCGGUAACCAGAGUCCAGCAUAAACUUUCCCAAUGCUUUUGUAUGUCCCGAAAGCCAUCGACGUAAGUGGGAGACAGACUCAUCUUGUUGUUACGUGACAUUCCUACUUCGGGGGAAUCCCGUUUCGCGCCCCUGUAACAUGUUAUUAAAGCAACCAUGAUGGCUAUGCAGCUUGCAAGACAAGCUGAGUCAGUGUAGGCCUAAAGGAAACACUGUCAUCUUGAAGGAAGUGGGGAGGUCUGCAGUAUGCCAAAAAAGAAGAAAGAAAACGAAGAAUCUUCCAAGGAGGUUGGUGAAGAAGUCAAGAUAGCUGUCAGUAUUGCUGUCAAAGAGUUCAGACAUGAUGAAGGCAAGAAAGAACUUGAAUUCCCUUCCUCACUCAGCAAUGCAGAAAGGAAGUACAUACACCUACUGGCUCAGUCUGUAGGACUGAAAUCCAAAAGCAAAGGUAAAGGAGCCAGUCGCUACCUGACAUUGUACAAAAAGGAGAACACCAAGCAAGGCAGUGUAACAACAUUUGAUCUGACUCGCGAUUCUCGCAAUGAAUCUCAUGGUUUACUUCAACGAUUUCCAGUCACUCAAAAGGAGAAACAGGAGCUUCAGCCUCGAAUGGAAAGAAGAGUCUUUGGUGUAACAGGUGGACAAGCCAGAGAUAUCCCUAAGACCACAGGUAGACUCAAUAAUGGCAUUCCGCAGAUUCCACCAAGGAGGGCUCCCUCUGAUCUAGAUGUAUUUAGACAGACCUUGCCAGUGUAUCAAAUGAGAGAUGAGAUCUUGCAGAUGAUGAACAGGCACAGGGUAUCCAUGAUCUGUGGAGAAACAGGGUCUGGCAAGACCACACAGGUCCCACAGUUUAUUCUGGAUGAAUGUUGCCAAAAAAAACAUAGCUGUCGUAUACUGUGCACCCAGCCUCGUCGAUUGUCAGCUCUGUCUAUAGCGGAAAGGGUUGCCACAGAGAGAGGUGAAAGCAUUGGACAAACAGUGGGAUAUCAGAUCAGAUUAGAAAGCAGAGUGUCACCUAAAACAUUGCUGACAUUCUGUACAAAUGGUGUUCUUCUGCGUACCCUCAUGUCUGGUGAUAAUGCACUUCAGUCUGUUACACAUGUCAUUGUUGAUGAGGUUCAUGAGAGAGAUCGUUUCUGUGAUUUCCUCCUGAUUCAACUGAGAGAAAUCUUAGUAAAACAGAAGCAUCUACGGAUUAUCCUCAUGAGUGCUGCCCUUGAUACAGAGCUCUUCAUACGAUACUUCAACAACUGCCCUCUGUUAAGUGUUCCUGGUAAAAUCUUUGAUGUUGAGGAACUUUUUCUUGAGGAUGCAUUGAAAUGCACUGGCUACACCAACGACAAAAUGAAAAAGUUCAUGAGAGACAAGGCAAAGUUAGCCAAACAGACUGUUGAGCUGAAUGAAUGGUACAAAGAACGUAGUGCUACCAGUGUAGCAUCAACUGAGCAAGAUGAUGUUGUUAGUAAACUGUCUGAGGAGCUUGCUGCUGUCAGUGGGCUGAGUAGGGCAAACAGUGACAAGGCAUUGUUGGAUGCCUCGGUAGAUGUAGCUGACAUGCCUGAGUGGUUGAUCAAAGCCAUGGAUAGUGCCCUCAGUGACUGCUGGCUGAAGGGCAAAGAUGAGUCAUUUGAUCAACUUAUGCACCUGAUUUUAAACGAGAAUGUCAGUGUUGAUUACACCCACUCAGAGACCAGUGUCACACCCCUGAUGUUGGCAGCUGGGAGGGGCAAAGUGGAAGCUGUGGAGAGGUUACUUAGUCUGGGGGCUAAUCCUACUCAUAGGGCAUCAAAUGACAUGACUCCUGUAGAUUGGGCCACAAAAUUCAAUCAGGCUGAUGUUGUGGAGAUUCUCCAGGCUCAUAUAACCAACAUGCAAGUGGAGGUUGACGAUGAAUCCCACUUGAUUAAAGACAGUGUUGACAUCAGUGAUGAGGAUAAAGAACUCCUACAGGCAUAUCAUCACAGCUUUGAUGAUGAGCGAGUUGACUUGAAUCUUAUUGUGUCAUUACUGACAUACAUCUCAGAAAAGUCAGAAGAAGGUGCAGUUCUUGUGUUUCUACCAGGCUAUGAUGACAUUGUUGCUUUGAGAGACAUUCUCUUAAAUGAUGAGGCAAAGUUUGCAGACAGUAACCAUUAUCAAGUCUAUACAUUGCACUCAUCUAUGCAAAGCUCUGAUCAGAAGAAAGUAUUCAGGAAACCUGCUUCAGGGGUCAGGAAAAUCGUGCUAUCCACAAAUAUUGCAGAAACAAGUGUCACCAUCAAUGAUGUUGUCUUUGUUUUGGACUCGGGAAAAGUCAAAGAGAAAUCCUUUGAUGCUCUAACAUCAGUGUCAAUGUUGAAGAGUAAUUGGAUCUCAAAAGCCAGUGCCAAGCAGAGAAAAGGAAGGGCUGGUAGAUGCCGACCUGGUAUGUGCUUCCAUUUGAUGAGUAGGAUUCGUUAUAAGAGUUUACCUGACUUCCAGACCCCUGAAAUACUCAGGUUGCCUCUACAGGAGUUGUGUCUUCACACCAAGUUGUUGGCACCAAUCAACAUAAGUGUUGCUGAAUUCCUAUCCAAAGCCCCUGACCCACCUGCUCCUCUCAUAGUGAAGAAUGCUGUGCAAUUGUUGAAGGCCAUUGAUGCAAUAGACAACUGGGAAGAUAUGACAGAGUUGGGUCAUCACUUGGCUGAUUUACCUGUGGAACCCAGGCUAGGCAAAAUGGUUCUAUACUCCAUUGUACUGAAGUGCCUUGAUCCUGUGUUGACCAUUGUGUGUGCUCUUGCCUACAGGGACCCAUUCCUGUUGCCUAAUCACCCAUCUCAGAAACGUGCUGCCAUGGCUGUUCGUAAGAAGUAUGCAGCAACUACAUUCAGUGAUCACAUGGCAUUAUUGAGGGCUUUCCAGGCUUGGCAGAGAGCUCGUAGUGAUGGCUGGGAGAAGGCAUUCUGUCAAAGAAACUUCCUGUCACAGGCAACUAUGGAAAUGAUCGUUGGCAUGAGAACACAACUCCUCGGUCAGCUUAGAGCCUCAGGGUUUGUUCGUGCACGUGGUCCAGGGGAUAUCCGUGACCUCAACACUAACUCAGAGAAUUGGGCAGUUGUCAAGGCAUCAUUGUGUGCAGGCAUGUACCCCAACAUCAUGAAGGUGGAUCGUAAAAAGAGCCAAUUGAUGACGCAAACAGAGAGCAAGAUUCGUUUCCAUCCUAACUCAGUAAUGCAUGACACUGGUAAUGGACAGUCAACAAUGCACCAGGCACAUGUAGGCAUCAUCAGGUCAUUGCCUACAGAUUGGCUCAUCUAUGAAGAAAUGACAAGGUUUCAGCACCAUACAAGUGUCCGCUGUGCUACUGUCAUCUCACCCCUUGCUGUAGCUCUCUUCUGUGGCCCCUCCCGCCUGCUCCCAGAUGCACUGUUUCAACCAGAUGAUAACAUCUCCAAUGGUACAAAUCAAGAUGAGAGUGAAAGUGAUCCCGAGGAUGAAGACAGAGGUCAAAGGGCGGGGUUAAAGUUAGAUGAUUGGAUUGUGCUCAAAGCUGACACUGAGGCUGCAAACUUGGCCCUGCAUCUCAGGCAGAAGUGGCACACUUUGUUUCUACGUCGGAUGCGGAUGCCUGCCAAGCCAUGGGCCCCUGGAGAUGAGGCUGUCUUAAGAACUAUUGUUAAAGUUCUUAGCAAUGAGGAACAGUCAUUGGGACUGCAACAGCCAGUAGGAAUUGGACAGAGGCCCAAACCAAUGGCUAUGGAUCAUUUCAAUAGCACACCACCUCGGAAAAGUAUGUCCAACCGGUUUAGCAAACAGUCGCCAUCAACAAUCCAGACAGCUACAAAGUCAGAAACAGCAUCAACAAAAGAUUUGGAAUUCAGACCAUCUUCAGGCAGCUCAAGGCAAUGGAACUGUGCUUCCCCCUCUAACCAAGCCAAAAAACCGACUUUCACUAAGCCAGCUUCAACUCUCAAUGCAUCAGCCCCUCCUUUUCAGGGAAAAGCAGUGUACUACCAUAAUAGUGGUGUCAGCAGUGGCAUAAACCCAAGUAGCAGUGGGAGAGCUUACAGUUCUGUCUCCCAGACCUAUCGAGGAUUGAUGGCUAAUGGGUCUGGCAAUCCUGUUAGAUUCUUCAUUGUGAAAUGCAACAAUGCUAUGAAUAUUGACCUGUCUUACAGCAAUGGUUUGUGGUGUGUGUCUCCCAGCACAGGUCAAAUCCUAAGCAAUGCAUUUAAGACUUCCCAAGCCAUAUUCCUGAUUUUCUCAGUUCAAGGCAGUGGUCAGUUUGAAGGUUUUGGCAGGAUGACUUCUGAUCUGCAGUACAAGCAGACAAUAGACUGGAGAGACAGUUGUAUGAGGAAUGGUGCAGAGUUUGGAGUGCAGUGGAUGAAAAGAGCUAGUGUGAGUUUUGAUCAGACACGUGCCAUACUGAACCCCUGGAAUGACAAUCUGAGAGUACAUGUCAGCAGAGAUGGACAGGAGUUGGAGCCAUCAGUAGGACAAAAUCUUCUUCAGUUGUGGGCUCAAACCACAUCCUGUCCGGGAGAUGAACACUUAUCAAUGACAUGUUGGGGUCAAGAGGCUAGAGGUCAACGAGGACAUCACCUUAGUUUAGACACUCAGCAUGGCAUUCAGUCCCACAGUCCACAAAUCAUGAUGCAUGGCCAGAAUUGGCAUGGAGACACCAGACUUCAACCACUUGCACAUUCAUCACCAGCAUACAACCAGGGGCCAGCAGCCUACUGCAAAAAAGAGGUGGGACCAGCAGGUGAUGGUUCAACAGAUGAUAAUCAGAGCACUGAAGGGACAGUACCCAAAGGGCAAAGAUGGUCAAUUGAUGAUGGAAGCGAGAGUGGAAUAACAGCUUAUGAAUGUGAAUAUCAAUCACCAGAUGGAUUCUAUCCACCUCAAGUGCCUUAUAGUCAAGACAAUUAUCAGACAUAACAACCUAAACAGUAUAUUGAAUAUUCAAGGUUCAUUGAUGGCCAAAGAGACAAGUUGAUUUUUUUCUUGGGAGAAUGUGUGUAAUAAGAUUGUUCUCCUUUGUAUCUCAUGCUUGCACAUCUCAUGUGGCCAAAUAUAUGUGUUGUUAGAUUUUCUUAUCAAUUCUGUGUUCCAUUAUAAUAUGAGAUAGCUUAUCUCCAGAGUUUAUUGACCAUGAACCUUGAAUUAGUUUCUUUUAGUAGUAACCUUGAGAUUGAGGAUAAUAAAUCCUUAAAUAACAUUUAUGCAGCCUCCAACAUGUCGAAACCAAAAGAUUUGUUGCUGUUGACUGGUUCUUUUUACAUGCUUAGAUUAUAAAACUACUGAAAUUGUUGAUCUUUGCUGAAUUCCUUCAAAUCUUAGGAAACAUGCAGUGGUUAUUGAAGAAUUUCCUGUGAUUUAGAUUAUCAGAAUUAUUGAGGGUUUAAGAAAUUAUUGCAUGGAAUUUCAAAAGGAGGCUCAGAGUCCUGGUAACUGUUACAGAUUUGAUGAGUUGUGUUUGAAUUUGAGAUGGCUCUUUCUUGUUAAUGUCAUUUGGAUGAAUUAAGGCCAUAUUUCUGAUACUGCCAAUCAAUUAAGAUUUCUGUUAGGAAUUCUCAUCUUAAUUGGGCAUUAAUGCACACAAUCAAAUUAAUUAUAAAGUGAGUGCUCACAUUGUUGAAAGUUUUGUGAAUCCAGUUUUGUCAGUGUUUGAAUUCACAAAUUAUAAUUCUUAUCAUAAAGGGUGGAAAGAUUCAGUUGCGAUGAUAAGAUAUUCAUUAUUGUACAUUUCUGUCAUUUUAUGAAAUGAUAAAAGUGAAAAAAACGUUCACAUAAACUUAUUCAGACCGAAAGGGCAUUCAAACAAUACCCAAACUGUUUUUACCUUUUUAACAUUAGGUUGGCUUCAUGUGCAAAGUCAUGACCAAGAUGUGUAAAUCAGUCAGUUCUCAAAUAAUGGUAUUCUGAGUCCAGGAAUUUGAACCAACAAAUGAAUUUACGAUUGAGGUUAAAAUUACUUAACUGAAUGCAAACAUUAUAGGAAGUACUUAGUGCAUUGGAAACAAAUCUGACUUGCAGCUAUUUAUCAGUGUAUACACAAUCUGACAGAUUCUUGGGCCGUGUUUGUUCCACACGGAUCUGGAUCAUUGAUGUAUCGUUGGUUUACAGACACCAAAACUCGCCUAUAAUGGGAACCAGUGUAAGGAUCACUGAUCGCAAUCCAGAUUUAUAUGAAAUAAACAAGCCCUUAGAACAUUCCCUCUGAUGACAGCGUUUAAAGUAAACUUUUGUAGACCCUAAGCUUUACUCUUCUGUACACCUGUCUGGUCAAUUCAAUUGUGUCGCAAGGUUUGCAAAAGAAUGAAUGAAUGUGUAAAAGUUUAAUCAUCCUUUGGAAACACUUGUGAAAUGCUAAGCAAACAUAGCAGUCCAUGUCCCUGUUUGUUCUUAUUAUUAAGGAGACUGAUUAAGCACCAGAAUAUCCAUUGUAGUUAUGGAUUGUCCUUGUUUUCAUCAAAUUGUAGAGUUUUAAAAUUACAUUCAGGGUAAAAAUAAGUAUGUAGAGUUUAUUGAAGGUCUAAGGUAUGAUAUUUAUAUUGCCAGUUUAUAACUACAGAGUUCAUUUUUGUUCUUUUGAAGACAUCAUAUUCAAUUACCAUGUAUUUUUGUUUGAAGUCAUUUUAGUUUUCUUACAUAGUCUUCAACCCUUGAGUUGUAGAUGCAGCAGCCAUCCAGAAGUUGAUAUAACUAAAAUACAAAUGUACACUGUACUUGUAGCCAUACAAGAUAUUCAUCACCCAUUUUGUUUGCCACAUGAUUGACAGGCAGGGUCUUUAAAAUCAUAUAAUUCAUUUGAGAGCUUUGAAAAUGAUGCCAUUUUGUUUGGUACUUUUUGUAUUAUACAUGCUUUCUUGGGUCUGUGCAAACAAAGUCCUUGUUUACCAAGUCCUUGUUUUGAGGAAAAGCUGUAAUCAUAUAGCACUGAAGGUACAGGAUGUUAGCCAAAGUAUUUCAUCCUACAUGCAGUCAUAAAAUAAUAAGAGGCACAGUAUUAACCGUGUUUGACUUCUUAAAACUCAUAGAAAGUCCUCACCAAAUGUCAUAUCUACCACAUACAGAUUUGAUAUCUUGAUUUCAUGUGGCAGCAUGUGUUACAUGUAUUUCUAGCCUGUAUAUUCUGAAGCGCUUUUUUCUAACUUCUCUCUAAGAAGUUCAAGUUACAAUCAUAGAGACAUUGAGAGAGAAACAGGAAAUCUGUUGCCUGGCCUUACCGUGAUCGUUGUGUUACGCCUUUGAAAUUGUUCCUACUAGUACCAGGGUAGUAGUCAAGACCAUCAUAAGACCAAACACAAGUAACAGUGUGAACAAUGACAAAAGAAUGCUUUUGCUGCAAUUCACUUGAAUAGCUUGUGACUUGAAUGCAGAGUGGAGGUCUUGUGUUGGUCUUGUGAUGGUUUUGUGAAGGUCUUAUAGGCAUAGGUUGGCACUAAAUUAACAAUAGUUUUAGGGUUCUUGUAUCAUAGGUACUCAUGUGCCUGGUGACCACAAUCUUUGGAAGCUUCCAGGUUUGUGUUCAUGUUGAAACAUAUGUUAUGUCAAUGAUGGCUGAACUUAAGAACAGUUAUAUAGGAAUGUUUUUAUCAAGACUUCGUACAUUUGGUUUGAAAAUGGAGAAAAUUUGAUGAACUUUGAAUAAAACCUGUCUAAACCCGUCAGUU